AUGUCGGGGUUUGUUUGCCAUACGGAUUGGAAAAUUCGGAACGCCUCUUCUGAUGAUGAGACAUCAAGACGAGCAGAGUUGAAGGGUUUCUCGCGUGUCGCGUGUAUCCCUGUAAGAGUGUCUCGGUUAACCGUCCAGACAGAGGCCAAGUUGUCGAAGAAGUCGGAAUUGAUGAAUGCCCAUGGUACUUUAUCCUCUUACUCAAAUAGAGCUCUGAUAACUCCCAAGAGCACUAAUCUGGGCUUCAAUGAGGGGCCUGCAUUUUCAGCGAAAUCUAUGAACACAGUAUCCCCAAAUUCAAAUACGCUGUCUCUGUCGAAUCUUUAUGCUCUGUCACUUUCUGCUCCAUCGGCAAACCAACCAGACGAGCGGCUCAAUUUCUUCCGAUCUCGCAUGCUGCCAUCCUUCCCUUUUCUCAACCUUACCCCAGAUAUGACGAGCUGGUAUCUACGUCAAAAUAGGCCAUUCUUGCUCCAAGCCAUUCACACCGUUACCACUUUCUCGACACAGGAAAGAUUUGUUCAGUCUGAGGAACUGAAGCGUCUUUUGUUCACAUCUGCUUUGAUCAAAGUCGAGUCGAAUAUCGACCUGCUGCUUGGACUAGUAACUUAUCUAGCAUGGAGUACCGACGCCUUUCUUGGCAGAGGAGAUCUGAUCUCUCGUCUCAUGAUGCUCGCCAUCUCAAUGAUAUACGAUCUGCGGUUGUUUAAACCAUUCUCGCCAGAUGUACGAAUCAUGAUGACUAUUACUCAGGGGCGGGAUGAGGAGGGCCACAUCCCCGGCAAUGAAACAAAUUUUGACUUAUUGAAAAGGCAGCGGGCAGUACUGGCAUAUUUUGUUUUGAGCUCAAAGUGCGUAUGA